AUGGCAAAAAAGAGAAAAGUUGAAAAAAACAUCCAUGAGACAGAAUUAAAUGAAAUUGAUAGAGAAUUAUUUGGUGAUGAAGAAUUGGAAAUAUUACAAAAAAAAAAUAUUUCGAGUGAAGAGGAAGAUAAAAAGAGAGAAGAUAUUCUUAAUAAUGAAUUUUUAAAUAUUAAUGAAAAUGAUUUCAUUCAAUUUGAUGAUAGUAAUGAAACUGAUUUCACAAAAAAAAGUUUGUCAAGUAAAAGCUCAGAUAGCGAUGUACAAAUUAUUGAAAAGGAAAAUGAGGAGAAAGAAAAAAAAAAAUCAUUAAAUAAAAAUAGUAAAAAGAAAAAAAAUUCACCAAAAAAAAAUGAAACUGAUAAUGAUGAUGAUAAAGAUUUUUCCUGUAAUAUAACUAAACAACGAAUAAAAGAUUUCAAGGAAUUAAGAAACAAAAAUAUCCAAAAAAAAAUUGAAAAAAAUAAAUUAAUUGCAUUCAUGUUAUGCUGGAUUGGUCAUAUACUUUUUUUAAAUAAUAUAUGUAAUAAUAAAUUAUUGCAAUCACUGAUAUAUUCUGUUUAUGUUAAUUAUAAAAAUUUUAAUAACAAGAUAUAUAAGGAUCCUAUAUAUUUAUUUUUAUUUAUAAAAAAUUCAUUUGAGCUAAUUAUUGAUAGUAAAUUUUGGAUAAGUAGUGAUCAAAUUCUUUCUAAGAAUAUUAGAGGUUCUAUAAUAUUUAGAAUAAUUAGAUGUAUUCAUAGAAAACGAGCUAAUAAUGUUAUAAUGAACUUAAUUUUUAUUUGUUUAUGUAGAUGCUUAAAUAUUCCAAGUCGUAUAUGCAUAACAUUCCCAAAUUUAAAAAAUGAUAUUGACAUAGAUAAUGAGAGUCGUUUCAUUAAAAAGUGUUAUAAUAAAUAUUAUGAAGACAUAAAUAAAAAUAUUUUUUUUAAUCAUUUUGUUAAUUCUUUUAAUGAAGAAAGUAAUGAUAAUGAGAUAGAAGAAAAUAAUGAUUUAAUUAUUAUUGAUAAGCAAGAUUUUCUUAAAGAUAAAAAGAUAAAAAAAAAUUACAGAAAUUGUAACAAUAAUGAAACAGCACAAUUUAACAUUUUCUCUGAAUGCUAUUCUACAAGCUAUAAUAAAUGGAUUUCUUUUUUUUUUUGUUUUAAUGUUUAUUAUUUUAAUUUCUUUAAUUUUUCAAAAAAUGAUAAUUCCUCUUUAUAUGAAAGUAAAAUGUUUCACAUAUUACUACCAUUACCUAAAAAUCCUGAAGAAAUAAAAACAUAUAAAAAAGCAAAAACAAACACUUCAUUAAAUAAAUUUACACUGUCUCUUUUUAUUAAUAAGGGUAAUAACAGGACACAUAACUCUGAAACAUCUAUGGACUCCAGUUCUGAUCAUUCAUUUGAAGAGAAAAUGCCUUUACAUGACGAAAUAAUAAAUAGCGAAAAUGAGUCAUAUAUGAAUAAAGAUAAAAGAAAAAAUCAUCCCACCCUUUUAAAUAAUGCAAAAAAUAAAAAAACUCAAUUCUCUGAUGAAUUAUUACAAGAAGAGGAUAACAUAUGUUAUCUUAAUGAAUUAGAGAAACAUAUAAGUAAAGAUAAGAAUGAAAAAUUUAAAAUUUUAAGUGAUGAUUAUGCUGGAAAAAUGUAUAUUGAGAAAAACAAUAAUUUUUUUAUUUUUGAUAAAAAAAGUAAAAGAGUAGUAAGAAUUAUAUAUAUGGAGAAGAAAUUAGAAAAUAACAAUACAAAAUAUGAUUAUGUUAAAUCAAAAAAUGAUAAUAUUUUUGAUUUUGAAAAAGAAGAAGAAGAUAAAGAAAUAGUGAAUUCAUUAAGUAAUAUAUAUGAUACAAAUAAUAGAAAGAAUUACCUUGUAAAUCAAAUUAGUGCAUUAAAAAUGGCUAAUGAAAAAUUAAAAAAAAAUAAUAAUAACAAAAAAGAUGUUAUAGAAUAUGAUGAAAUAAUUUAUGAUAAAUAUGCUAAUACAACAAAUAGAGAUACAUUAAAUAAUAAAUAUAUAAAAGUUUUCAUAAAUAGUAAUGUAUAUAAGUAUUUCUAUAAUUUAGAUAAUUAUAACUUAUACAUUUCAAUUAAUAAAUAUGGCAUAUUAAGAGAUAUAAGUGUUCGGCACAAAUUAAGAUAUACUAAAAACAGUACAUAUAAUACAAUAAUAAAAGGAGACAAGCAAUGUAAUAUUAUUAGAGAUAAUUUUAGAAGAAUUUCAUAUUAUGUAAAUAAAAAAAAUUAUGAUCAUUUUGAAAAAGUUUUAGAUAAUUUAGAUGAUGAGUAUUUAUAUAAUCUUUAUGUAACAAAUAUGAUACCAAAAGAAAAAAGUGAUUUUCUUAAAUCUAAUUAUUACAUAUUAAAAUCAAUGUUAAAAAAAAAUCAAGUAAUUUAUCCAAAUAAACCUGUUGGUUUAUUUAAGGGAGAAAAUGUAUAUUUAAAAGAAAACUUUUAUAAUUUAAUGAAAAGAGAGUAUUUAGAAAAUAAAAAUUAUUAUAUUAGUGAUAGUGAAAAACCUUUGAAUUAUGAAUAUGAGGAAUUUAGCAAAACAAAAAUACCAUUAUAUGCUCAGUUUCAAUUAAAAAAAAGAAAUAACAAAGAUAAAAUUAAUGAUAGUUGUUUAAAUGAGGAAAAUAAUAAAGAAAAAAAUAACUUAGUACCUAAAGAAGAAAAUUUUGAUUAUAUAUAUGACAAAAAAGAUAAGAUGAAUAUUCUAAAAACAAAAUUACUUUCUCAUUUAAAAUCAAGUAAUAUUAUUGAGUUAAAAGAAGAAGAUAUAUGUAUAUAUAAUAUUGAGUUAAAAUAUAUUCUAAAACAUAUUAAAGGAAAUAUUCCUUAUAAAAUAAUAUAUAAUAAUUCGUAUUUUUUUAAUAAAUUUAGAAAAAAACAGAGUAAAUCUACAGAUGUUAGCAAAAUUAUUAUUAAAAAGAAACAUCUUCUAUCAUUUCAAAAUUUAUAUAUACCACAGAAAAAAAUACAAGAUGAAUUCUUAAUAAAUGAGAAAUAUAAACAAAUUAAAAACUUAUGGAAAGUAUUAUGCAAAAGUAUAUUGUAUGAACAAACAAAUAAAGAAAUAAUUAAAGAAAAAAAAAAUGCAAAAAAUAUUUAUAAAAUGAAAGAUAUUAAUAUUGAUGUAGAUAAAUAUUUUCAAAUAUAA